AUGAUAUCCCGGCUCACAGCCUUCUUCUCCUCCCACGAAUUCGUCCAAUGUCAUCCUCCAAUCAUCACCUCCUCUGACGCUGAAGGUGCCGGCGAGGUUUUCACAGUCUCCUCUAAUGCUGCCGCGACCAAUGAAAACAAGGCUGCACACUUCUUCAGAGACCCAAAAUACUUGACAGUGUCUAGCCAGCUUCAUUUGGAGGCCCUGGCGGCAGCGCUGCCGAGAGUGUGGACAUUGUCGCCGACGUUCAGGGCGGAGAAGUCGGAUACAGCUAGGCAUCUGAGCGAGUUCUACAUGCUGGAGGUUGAAACCUCAUUCAUAGACUCUUUGGAGCCACUUCUGAACACAGUCGAAGAUAUGACGAAGGAUCUCGUUAGAGGGAUCUCAAACUCGCGUGUGGGCGCCGAAACCCUCUCUACGGCCGGUGAAAAGGCCGCUGAAAUUGAGGAGCGCUGGAAGGGUCUACUCGAGAAUGAAUGGUCACGUAUCACCUACACUGAAGCAGUUGACGAACUCCAAGCCGCUGUAAACCGCGGUGAAGUCAAGUUUGUAUUUUCUCCGACAUGGGGUGCGGGGCUACAAGCCGAGCAUGAAAGGUUUUUGGCUCAGACACUUGGGGGCGGCGGGAAGGGCGGCCCGGUAUUUGUCACAGACUAUCCCCGCGAGCUAAAACCUUUCUAUAUGCUGCCUUCUCCCGGGGAGACACAAGAGGGGAGAGAGACAGUAGCCUGCUUUGAUCUCCUGCUUCCUGUUGUAGGAGAGCUCGUCGGGGGCUCUCUGAGAGAACACCGAUAUGAGGAACUUGUAGGCGCCAUGAAGAAGCUGGACCUUAUUCCUGACAACGAGGAUGAAUUGGGGAAUCUCAGGUGGUAUGCAGAACUACGGAAAUGGGGCUCUACUGAGCAUGGUGGCUUUGGGAUGGGAUUUGAUAGACUGCUGUGUUAUUUGGCUGGGGUUGACAAUAUCAGAGAAACGGUUACCUUUCCCAGAUGGGUUGGGAGAUGCGAUUGCUAG